AUGUCUCCUACCGUCGUCCUCAUCACCGGCGCCAACCGUGGCCUGGGCGAAGGAAUCAUCAAACGCUACCUCGCCAAACCAAACCACACCGUCAUCGCAGCAAACCGCAAUCCCGACGACCCAACCUCCAAAGCACUGUCCAACUUUCCCAUCGGCCCCGGAAGCAGUCUUAUAGUCGUCAAAAUCGAUGCCACAAGCGAGACCGACGCCCCUACCGCUAUUCAAGAGCUCAAAGGCCAAGGGAUUAACCACCUUGAUAUUGUCAUCGCCAAUGCUGCUUUCAUAGUUCCCUUUGUCAAGAUCGAGGAUGCUAAAAUCGCGGACCUGAGGGUUAAUUUUGAGACGAACAUUUAUGGGUUUUUUAUGCUGUAUCAGGCUACGCUGCCGCUGCUGCUGAAGUCACAGAGACCGACGUGGAUUACUAUCGGCUCGGGCGCUGGUUCUAUCGUGGUUAGUACCCCAGUCAGCUUGAUAUUCCUAACCCAGCUAACUAUUGGCGGCAGUGAGUUACUGUAUCCCCAUUCCCAUAUCAUCACAGUAUCCACCGAAUUUACCUACACCCUGCCCGUCCCUAAAACCCAGCUCAUGAAUCUUAGCAACCAACUCCCCGUUCCCAACGCCGUCUACGGACCCACGAAGGCCGCUCAGCACUGGCUCACCAAGCGAAUCAACGCCGAGGAGGAAAGAAUCUGUGCCUUCAUCAUGAGCCCAGGAUGGGUCCAGACACCUGGAGGGAACUCAAGCGCCCAGAUGUUAGGUCUCAAGGAGGCGCCUCAGCCGGUGGAUGAGACGUGUGAUGGGAUGGUGGCGGUCUUUGAUAAGGCUGGUAAGGAGACGCAUGGUGGGAAGUUCUUGACUUGGGAGGGGAAGGAGGAAUCUUGGUAG